AUGGUUCAUUCUCUUCACAGGCUCAUAAUUCCAUCUGUAAUGGAAGUUUAUUCAGAAUAUUGUGUGUUAAUCAUCAUCACUCUGUUUUCUCUCAUUUUCAUCAUCAAAUACUACAAGAAAGCAAAAUCCCAAAUUGGAAAUACAAAAAAAUUCCCUCCUGGAAGAAGAGGCUGGCCAAUUAUUGGUGACAGCUUUAAUUGGUAUAAUGCUGUUGCCAGUUCUCAUCCUCCUUGUUUUGUUGAACAACAAGUUCAAAAGUAUGGGAAGAUAUUUUCAUGUAGUUUACAUGGAAAAUGGGCUGUGGUAUCAGUGGACCCUGUUUUUAACAAAUUUGUAAUGCAAAAUGAAGGGAAAUUAUUCCAAUCAAGUUAUCCAAAAUCUUUCAGAGAUUUAGUUGGGAAAAAUGGAGUGAUCACAGCACAAGGAGAACAACAGAGGAAACUUCACUCUAUUGCAUCUAAUAUGAUGAGAUUAGAUAAACUUAAGUUUCAUUUCUUGAAUGAUAUACAAAGAGUUAUUCAAGAAACAUUGAAUAAUUUUCAAGAUAAUGAGGUUAUUCUUCUCCAAGAUGUUUGUAGAAAGUUGGCAAUUAAUUUGAUGGUUAAUCAAUUACUGGGAGUGUCAAGUGAAUCAGAGGUGAAUGAGAUGGCUCAGUUAUUCUCAGAUUUUGUGGAUGGAUGCCUCUCUGUUCCAAUCAAUAUGCCUGGUUUUGCUUACCAUACUGCUAUGAAGGGAAGAGAGAAUAUUAUAAUCAAGAUAAACAAGAUAAUUGAGACACAUAGAAAGGAAGCAUCCAAUGGGAAUGGUGUGAUUUAUAGAUUGCUGGAGGAAGAAAGCUUACCAGAUGAAGCUGUUGCUGAUUUCAUUAUAAACCUCUUGUUUGCUGGCAAUGAGACCACAGCUAAAACCAUGGCAUUUGCUGUUUACUUCUUGACUCAAUGUCCCAAGGCCAUGAAGCAACUACAGGAUGAGCAAGAGAGCUUUAGAAAUGAGAAGGGUAGCAACUUUGAUAAGGAGGAGAUGCUCUCUUGGCAAGAUUACAAAGCUAUGCCUUUUACUCAAUGUGUAAUAGAUGAAACUCUUAGGCUAGGAGGCAUUGCAAUAUGGUUGAUGAGAGAAGCCACAAACGAUGUCGUAUAUGGAGAUUAUAUUAUCCCAAAAGGAUGCUUUGUUGUUCCAUUUCUCUCAGCAGUUCAUCUAAAUGAAAACAUCUAUGAUGAACCUAGAAUUUUCAACCCUUGGAGAUGGAUGAAUCCUGAAAAUCAGGAAAAAAGAAAUUGGAGAGGUAGCCCAUUUUUUGCCCCAUUUGGAGGAGGUGGACGCUUUUGUCCUGGCGCUGAAUUGGCUCGUCUUCAAAUUGCACUAUUUCUUCAUUACUUCGUCACUACUUAUAGGUGGAAACAAGUCAAGGAAGAUCGUAUGUCUUUUUUUCCAUCUGCUCGUUUGGUCAAUGGCUUUCAGAUACAAUUAACCAGAAGUUAAGCACUGCCCUACACAAUAAUU